AACAACAUUGAGGGUGUUUUAGUCAUUCACCUAGAGAGAGGCCCGGUAAUUCAAACUAAGAACCCUAAAUUUUGGAGAUUGCCUAGAACUAGAGGUUCUCGUUCCAGUUCGGAAGCAAUCGUGGUAAGGUUUUUGCUUCUUCGUCAUUUUUUACUUUGUUGAAAUUAAUCGGGGAAUUUCCAUUGAUGCUCAAGUUUCAGAAGAAGAAGCUCUGCAUAUAUAAAAACCCUAGAAAUUUAUUUUUUUCACCUGUCUGCCGCAAAUUCUUUGCUUGCAAAUUUUUUUUUUUUGUUGCGGGGAAAAACUGUCUUACAUAUGAUAUAGGGUUUAAGUUUCUCCAUAGUGGAGAAGCUUGAAAUUCUUAUUUUUUUACUGUGCCAUAAAGUGAUUGCUUUAUUCCAAAGAUAUAUUCCAUGUUUUGAUCUAUUUGGAUUUACAGACAAGAAUUCCGAGUCUAUUAAGAUUUAAGAUUCAAGAGCUAUGGCUCUUCAACAGUGAAAACAUCUGAUUAAGGGAAGAUACUCGGUUCAUAUAGAUAAGAUUUCUCUAUAAUCAAGAGCUUGUGGUUCCUAAACAGCGCAUUGGAAACUUCAGGCCCAUGAUAUCUAGGAUUUUUUCUGGGGUCAAGUGACUGCAAUUCGCUAAUUCUGCACCUGAAAAAUUCGGCUUGACGAACACCUGUAAAUCGAGGGUUUGUUUUUUCUGGGGUCAGGAAACUCUGGCUCGUUAACAGUAAAGUCAUUAUUAUCAGUCGACUGGUCAAGGAUUUUUUGAGAAUGGGGAAAUAUAAGAUAAACAGGAAAUACGAAGAAAUGGGGGUUGAGGAGCAAAAUAUUAAGACUGUUAUAAGUUUGGAUAGCAGUGAUGAUGAGGCCAAUGCUGAUUUGAGCCUUGAGGUUUUGAAGAAAGCAAAGGAGCGCAUGGACGAGAAGAAAAAAGAGGAGAAAUCCGUGUUUGAAGAAGAGGAAGGUCCUAUUGUUGUGAUAUCUUCUUCAGAUGACGCCGAAGUUAAGAGUGCCAUUACUGAAGAAAUAACAGUGGAGAAGAAAAAGAAGAAGAAGAAGAAGAAGAAGAAAAAGAGUAAGAAGAGUGAAAACGUCGAUCAAGUUGAUCUUUUAGGUGCCAAUGACCCUCGAGAAAUGCAGGAGCACAUGGAUAGUGAAACAGUUGGAGCAGGAGACGAUAUUGUUCUGACAAAGAUUUCGGUUAAUGAUGAAAAUGCAGAGAAGUCUCCACAAAUGCAGGAGGUUACAGAAGCAAAAGGCGAACCAGACAACAUUGUUCUUAGAAAGCUUCUGCGUGGGCCUCGUUAUUUUGAUCCACCAGAUGAGUUAUUGGCCGCAUGUUAUAAUUGUGGUGAGGUGGGCCAUGUGGCAGUGAACUGUACCUCAGAAAGACGAAAAAAGCCAUGUUUUGUAUGUGGAGAAUUCGGCCAUAAAGGAAAAUCUUGCAUACAGGGGUUUGAAUGUUAUAUUUGCAAAAGAAGAGGUCAUCAGGCAAAAAACUGCCCAGAGAAGCACAGCAGGAAUGCACAAAAGUCCAAAAUCUGCUUGCGUUGUGGGGAUUCAGGGCAUGAGAUGUCUUACUGCACCAAUGACUAUGCAUCUGAAGAUUUAAAGGAGAUACAAUGCUAUAUUUGCAAGCAAUUUGGCCAUCUGUGCUGUGUUGAUAUAGUAGAUACUGGUCCAAGAGUGAUUUCUUGUUACAAUUGUGGGCAGAAGGGCCAUACUGGUCAAGGUUGUGCCAAGCCCCGGUGGGAGAAGAAUGUUGAUGCACCACCAACUAUAUGUUUCAGAUGCGGUGAAGAAGGGCAUUUUGCUCGAGGAUGCACAAAAUAUAGGAAGAGGGAUCGGUGGAUGGGCGAACCCUCAACCCCUACUCAAGGAGUUUUAGAUGGAGAUGGUGAUUUCGCAGGAUUCAGAUCUUUGCCUAAUGAUUUCUAUAGAGAACAUAAGAAGGCGAAAACACGUAUUGAAGGUAGAGAAACAAUGACUACUGGGAAGUCCAGGGGAAGAAAAUCUUGGAUUCCCAAUGAUGAGGGUUCACCUUUUAAGAAACAUCGAGCAAAAAGAGGGGUGAGUUCCAAUACACCUCGUGUACCAAAUGACCCGACCUCCUCAACGCCAUAUCAAGCUAAUGGCCUGAUGCAAAAUCGAGCUAAUGGCUUGGCAUCGCCCUCGACACCGUAUCAAGGUUAUGAUCGGACGCCCUAUGGUAAUGGCCCUGGUUCAAGGUCAUGGUCUCCCAAGAUGAAGAAUGGGUCCUCAUCAAGUAACUCAAACUUCUCAAAGAAGUGGGGAUUUAAAAGAGAAAAGAGGAACCUAAAUAAUGAGUAAGGAACAAUUCUUGUAUUUCAGGGGGCGCCACUUUCGGAAGAGAGCAUGGCCCCGGGUUUUGUUCCUGAAUUCUGAUAAUUGUAACAUGGUAAUCCUCUCUCUGUUUCUCUAUCUCCAUGUAGCAUUCCAACGAGUCUUACAUGCAAAAUUCUAAUCAAGUGGAGUCUCCGAAUGCAGAAACUGGCCACAAUCACUGAUGAGCAAGCGAUGAAGAAUCGCUGUGGGCGAUCGGAUAUAUGAGCAUGAAUAUUGCCCUAAAUUUCUUAGUUGAUUUAUUUAUUUUAAACUGUGGCGUAUCUGAGGAAUAGAAUGGCCAUACUGAAGCUGUAAAUAAAUAUUGCUUCAUCUAAGUUAAAAACGCAAAAUUUUUACAGCUUCAUCUAA